AGAAUCGCAAUCAGUCCAAACGGGCCAUCCCAGCAGCCACCAAUAUCGCGCCGGUAGUUUCCAGUGACCAGUAGUGCUCCAGUGACCACCACGUCCACACCAUCCGGCAAUCCUAUCCUCUAUUCACUAGCACCAUUUUUUACCAACGGAUCUCCAAUCUUCACGAAAAUCGCUAUAAAAGAACUCUCAAGUUAAGGUGUCUAUCUAGGUGUCACAAUUUCAUAAUGUUUCCUAGGAACCAGUGUUAAAACAUCAUACCUAAUGAUCCUCAAAAAGGUCCAAGCUUUUUUUGUUUACUGAAUCUCAAAAUCGGGAUGUUGAAACAGAUCAAAACUGUCUAUCUAGAAUCCGCAUAAGGAGAUUUAAUAGAUAUUCAGGAAUCGACUCUAAGCCAAAACUUUGAUCUGAACUUGAUUCCAAACUACUCUGAGGGAUUUUCGAAGCCUCCUAAGAGAUCAACUAUCCAUGGGAAGACAGAGCUUAAAAAUCUAAAAAGAGCCCCACAUCUGACCAGAAUGAAUAGUGCAGCAACCCCCGGGGUUCUCCCGCCCACGGGUGGUAUCCCACCCUCCAAGGAUGUCCCUACGGAAAAGGAAGUCUCCACCUGGAAGACAAUGUCCCUAAAACAAAAGUGGAAUUUCUUCACAAGCAACAUAACAGUCGAGCCUAUGGUGGCAUGUUACAUCAUGCCUAGUGUCCUUGCAUCCCUAGCCACCCAAAACCUAAAUCUCGAAAAGGCCUGUCGAGUGAAUCUGGCCUAUUCUGAUGAAGUUUGCAGUGCUCUAGCAGCCAGGAACACUUCGGGAUUGGCUGAGCAGGAAAUGUCUGUUCAGCAAUUAGUGGCUGGAAUGCAGACAUGGAAGACUGCUUUACAAAGUGGGUUGCCAACAAUUUUGAUCCUCUUUUUGGGGGCCUGGAGUGACAGAACAGGGUUGAGGAAACCUUGUAUGUUGUUGCCGAUUGUUGGGGAGUUUUUGACGAGUAUAAGCUUGAUUGCAUGUACGUAUUGGUUUUAUGAGUUGCCGAUGGAAGCUGCGGGUUUGUCGGAGGCAUUAUGGCCAGCCUUGACGGGGGGAUGGUUUACAAUGUUUAUGGCGAUUUUUAGCUACAUUGGAGAUAUUACGAGCGUAGAAUCCAGAACAUUGAGGAUCGGGUUUGUGAAUGUUUUUCUGUCUCUGGGAGUGCCAGUGGGGAUGGCGUUGUCGGGAAUUCUCUACAUCAAGAUAGGAUUCUAUGGAGUAUUUGCAAUUUCCACGGUGUGCUAUGUACUUAGCUUCGUUUAUGGACUGGUUGUUAUCAAAGAAGCACCCAGGCCAGUGAUCUUGGAGAAGGACAAGAAUGAUGCGGAGAAGAGGUCUGCCUGUGGCUCAGCCCUUCAUUUCUUCUCACUGAAGCAUAUUGCUGAGACCUUCAGAGUGGCCUUUAAGAAGGGAGAAAAUAAUAGACAGAAAAGGGUCGCUGUGCUCAUGAUCAUCGUUAUGGUCAUUGUAGGACCAAUGUACGGUGAAAUGGCAGUGAUGUACCUUUUUAUGAGGUAUCGAUUCAAUUGGAACGAAGUGCAGUUCAGCAUGUUUUCUACCUACAGUAUGGUGACUAAUCUCAUAGGCACUGCGAUAUCUGUCGGAGUCUUCAGUCACGUUUUGAAAAUCGAUGACGCUGUUGUGGGAAUUAUGAGUUGCAUGAGCAAAAUUCUUUCAAGUUUUGUUUAUGCAUUCGCCACCACGAACUCGAUCAUUUAUCUUGCUCCUUUGGUUGAAAUUGUUAAUGGAACUUCAUUCAUUGCGAUGCGGUCGAUAGUAUCAAAAUUAGUUCCAACCGAUGAAUUAGGUAAAGUUAAUUCCUUAUUUGGAGUUUGCGAGUCUCUCAUGCCCCUCGUCUAUGGACCUAUGUACAGUUUCGUAUAUCGUGCAACUAUGGACACGUUUCCGGGGGCCUUCUUCAUACUUGGAGGUGUUCUUACUUCUCCUGCUGUUUUCGCCUUCUUGUGGCUAUACAAAGAGCACAGACAAGACAGGAUAAGGCUAGAAAAGAAAGAAGCAGCAGAAAAAAUGGACAAAGGAGAUGGCAACUUGGAGAACAAUUUAUCAAUGACGAAGAUCACAAACGAAGUUGAAAAAGUGGGCAUCGAUAACGAGGGAUUUGAAUCUGAAAAGCUUUGACUUGAUUUAGAAUUCAGCCUUUUACGUAACGAUGACCGAAUGGAUAAUAAACACGGAAAGGAGUGCUUUUCGUAAUAAUGUCCUGUUCGCUAUAGUACAUUGCGAAGGUCAUCAUCAUUUGAUCUGAAUUCCAUUCAUUGGACGGGGUUUUCAGAAAAACCAACAGAAUCCAAUCCCUCGUACUUUAUUCUCAAACAAGAUCCUUCCGAUAAAAGAUAAUUAGUCAAUUAUUAUCUGUGAAUGCAAAGAUGAAGCUAAAAAUCAAUCCAAAAGAGAUGGAUUGCUUACUCCUGCAAAUUAUUUCAUAUUUUCCACUGAAAUCAUGAUUUUUAUUCACUGGAAUGAGAAUUUUUUGACAGAAAUAAUUAUUUUUAACAUUCAUAUUUAUGUAGCACAUGAGGUGGUCCAAAAUGAUGCGAUAAAAGUAAUACCGUUACAUUGCGACCGCAUGCAUCUCUUCAAUUAGCGGUAUCGAAUUUUAAAGAGAUUAUCAAUUUUAAGGAAGAAAAUGAAUUCUUGAUACGAUUUGCUUUACAAAUUAAAUACUGUUGAAAAUACGGUAUUUUUUUUAGUAAGGGAUUUAAUCGAGUUACGUGGAUUUGUAAAUUAUGUAAAUGGGAAGAUAAUUACAUGCAGAAAUAAAAAA